AUGCGUCGUAACUCGGCAUCGGAAGGUCUCCUUCGCAAACAAAAGCUCAAUGCCCAUACAUGCGCCGUGCUUGCUGUGUUGGGGUUCGGUUCUUUGACAUAUGGCUACACAGCAAGUAUUAUUGGCACUACGUUGGGUCAACCUUCCUUCAUUGAAUACUUCGACCUCGCAACCCGUUCCAACGGAACCGACUUGAUAUCCACGAUGAACGGUCUUUUUCAGACCGGGGGCGUGAUCGGAACAUUGUUACUACCAACAGUUGCGGACAGAUGGGGUCGCAAAUGGGCCUGCGCGGUGUCUGCCAUUCUUUCUAUCGUGUCCGGAGCUAUCAUGGCAGGCAGUGUCAAUGUCGGCAUGUUCAUCGCCUUUCGCUUUGUAGCUGGUGCUUCCGCCUUCAUGAUCCUUGCUGCCGUGCCCAUUCUGAUGAACGAGAUUGUGCCGGUCCACAUGCGUGGUGCUCUGGUCGAUGUCCAUGCAGUGAUGCUGGUGCUCGGCUAUACCAUACAAGGCUGGGUUGGAUUUGGUUUCUACUUUUGGCAGAAUGGCAGCACAAAUACUUGGAGGCCCCCCAUUGCAAUCCAGUGCUUCUGGCCAUUGUGCCUAUUGGUCGGUCUAUACUUCGUCCCAGAGUCACCUAGAUGGUUGGUCAUGCAGGGACGCGACGCUGAAGCCGAGGCCGUCCUGUUUAAAUUCCACGCUGAUCCCAGCGAUCCCGACAACACCGCCGCAAAGGCUGAGUUCUACCAGAUCCAAAAGCAGCUCGCGAUCGACAAAACCUUGGGCAACUCGUGGUGGCAUAUCAUGAAGAAGCCAUCGUACCGGAAACGAGCAUUUCUGGCAGUUGGGAUCACUGGAAUCAUCCAAUGUUCGGGUGUCUUGGUUAUCAACAAUUACGGCCCUUCACUCUACAAGUCACUCAACUUCUCGCCGGUCAAACAGCUUCUUUACCCGGCCGCCUGGCUGACAUUUGCCCUGGGCAUGAAUGUCUUGGCAAUGCUAGUGGUGGACCGCUUCCCACGCAACAGGUUCAUCUCUUUUGGCGUUUUGGGUUGCAUGGCCAGUCUCAUUGUGGAAGCGGCACUGGUUGCCAAUUUUGUGCCUUCCAACAACAAGUCUGCGCUCUUGGCGGCAGUGGCCAUGUUCUUCGUAUUCCAGCUGUUUUACGGAUUGUGUCUCGAUGGGACGCAAUUCUCGUAUCUUGGAGAGAUAUUCCCGACCCAUUUGCGGGCCAAAGGCGUUUGCCUCGGUGUUGCCAUGAUCUCGUUUAUGAAUAUCAUUUGGCUCCAAAGCGCUCCUACUGCCUUUGAGAAAAUUGGCUGGAAGUUCUAUCUCUGCUUUAUUAUCCCAGGCACACUCGGCGCGAUCGCCAUGUGGAUAUGGUUCCCAGACACGAACGGCCUGCCGUUGGAGGAAGUUGCCGCCAUCUUUGGCGAUGAGGACGAGGUUGCCAUCUACCAGCGAGAUCUCGAAGUAGACUUCACAACACACACGGUUGUCGACCAUCGUACAAUGGAAGCCGUGAAGAGUACAGAGGUGGCACACUAUGAAGCUGCUUCGCCUGCUGAAAGCGAGAAAGUAGAGGCUUGA